AGUAAUGUCUUUGCAACCUUAAGCGCCAUUACUGAUUGAGUUGGAGUUAAUGAUGGUUUUAGUAAACUACAGGAAUGCUGCUACCAUCAUAGCGCAGAAAACAAAGAUUGACGAGUUAAUGAAUAUGAAAAUGAUGAAAGGAGACUUAUGGUAUAUCCUUUCUAUUAGCUGGUGGACAAAGUGGGUGGGUUUUGUAAACCUGGUAUACGAGACUGGGUUGGUCGACGAAACCUCUGAGGACUAUCCAGGAGAAGUUGACAACAGUGACAUUAUAAGUGACGGAAAGUUAAAAGAAGGUUUGCUGUUAGAAAACGACAUCACACUGAUACCUGAAGACGCCUGGAAACUGUUUGUCGAUUUCUAUGGUUGUGUCCACAAAGAAACAUCAGUUUUUGAACGUCGUGCUAUUCAAGCUCCAAAGUCUGUGGAAGUUGAACUCUAUCCACCUCACUAUUCAUUUUACCUGAAUUCGCCUAACUCUAGUUCGACAUUUAUUUUUGAAGGAACCUAUUGCAAAUUUCAAACAAUCCGAGACCUUAAGCUGGUGGUUGCACAACAUCUUAAGAUAGCACCCAGUGUGAAUCUUCGGCUCUUAGUGCAUGGUGAAAGAAAUGAAUUUGAAGAACUGGAUGAUGAUGAUGCGACCAUUGAAGAGGCCAGUUUGGAGUGCGAAAAAGUUAUUUAUGUCCAGUUAGAGUCUAGAAAUGGAAUACAUACAGAGCCACCGAUGGAGAGCUCGCGUAUCAAGCUAAAUGACAAUUUAGGGUCCCGAUCUGAAUCUCAACUACUAUCCUUACAUGGAUCAACUCCACCGUUAAUACCAGGAGUCUGUGGUCUCAAUAAUUUAGGAAAUACUUGUUUCAUGAAUAGUGCCAUUCAGUGUAUGUCUAAUGUCCCUGCAUUGACCAGUUAUUUUCUAAGUGGAAAAUGGGCAUCCGAACUAAACUUACGCAACCCACUUGGAUCUCAAGGAAGAAUCGCUACUGCUUAUGCUGAUCUCAUUAAACAACUAUGGUCUGGCACGAGGCCGUAUGCUGUCCCUCGUGAAUUCAAGAUUGAAAUCGCACGUAUUGCUCGUCAGUUCUCGGGGUAUGCUCAACACGAUACUCACGAAUUACUCGUUUUCUUGUUGGAUGGACUUCAUGAGGAUUUGAACAGAAUUCAGUCUAAGCCAUACAUUGAAGUAAAGGAUUCCGAUGAUAGACCGGAUAUUGAGGUUGCAAAUGAAGCUUGGCAAUACUACAAGUCACGAAAUGAUUCCAUUAUUGUUGAUCUAUUCCAUGGACAGUUGAAAUCAACUGUUAUUUGCCCCACAUGUCAACGGAAGUCAGUCACAUUUGAUCCAUUCGCUUCACUCAUUCUGCCUAUACAGGAAAAAUGCAAAUACACUGUGCGCGUCUACGUUUGGCCUUGGGCAUCGAAUAAACGCCAACUCCUGUUACUAGAGUUAACAGUCCCGAAUAUACCUUGUGCUCAAAAUAUAAAUGAAGCAUUAGAACAGCAACGGCCACCUCAUCCAGGCUGUCAGUAUUAUAUACCAAAUAAAUCCCUUGAUCGUGCAAGAUACGCACCUCCGUUCGCGUAUGAGUUGACUGAUGGUUUCCCUAUACCUGUACUAUGGAUAAGUGACAGCAUCGGUCAAGGGAUUAACUUAACAUUUUACAUUAGUUUACCAAUAAAUGAAAAUGUUACGGGUAUGACUAUUACUGUGUCGGAAGAUUUACUCAUCAAAUGUAUAGUCGAUCGUCUACGUGCUAUCGGUGUAGACUGUGAAAAGACUGAAUGUUCAGUUGGUGAUGCAUCAAAGUUAGAUGACAAGAAUUCUGAAGAACUUGAUGCUUCAGGCUCUCUGAGUGAUGCUCAGCAUAUUUCUCAACUUGAUACACUAUCUACAGAUUCACUUCAUCUCAUUCAACAAUUAGAACUAAUUACCGAGAGUACAGGUGAUACUUUGUCUUCAUCUUUAAAGGGGCGUUUAUCUUUAAAAGAUGGUCGUGGACGUGAUUGGUUAGCCGAAUCAGACAAUAAUUUGAUAUCCCUUCCGUGUUCUGAUGUUUAUAGUAUCACAAUGAACUGUCAAGGUUUAGAAAUUCGACGAAAACUCAAUGAUAUUCGGAGUCGUAUACAACAACAUCCUGUUACUCGUGUCAGUCAAACUUUAAAGCUUACUGAUUGUUUUGAACGCUUUACUGAUGUAGAACAGUUAGGUUCAAGAGAUCUGUGGUAUUGUAAUCGCUGCAAAGCUGAAAAACCUGCUACAAAGAAGUUUGACCUAUGGAAGCUUCCAGAUGUUUUGGUAGUACAAUUGAAACGUUUCCGAUCCCAUCUACGAUUUCAUGACAAAAUUGAUACUUUGCUAGAAUUCCCAUUAACGUAAGUAAACUGUACUGCAUUAAUUUGUCUACGUCCUGUGGAUACCUGCCCUUGUAUAUUAUUGCAAUCAUAUACGGUAGAAAGUUGUUUUGGUCCUGAUUUUAAUUUUGUUUUCAGGUAAUUAGUUCUACAGUUUGUCUAAUUUCGAUGUGCUUUUGGUGUUCUUGCGUUCUAUGAAAUAGAUGGUUCUGUCGUGUUACUACGCAUUUUGUCUAUUUUCAAUGCACCUUUUCUUUACUGACCGUUCUAUGUAUAUAUCUGUCCCGGACUAAGUUGCUUCAUUGAAUUGGAUCCUAGACACUUACUCUGUUCUUAAGUUACUUUUUAUUUAUGAUCUUUUAUCUUUGUAUUGAAUGAAUUUAUAAUUCUGCCCUUAGUUAAUCAACAGUUUGGUUUUUUUGCUGCACACAAAUGGGCGUCAGAGACAGUCACCACUCAGUCAUAGUGAAUCAGCUGAAUGAAGUCCAGAGGUAAAAUACCAAGUUUGACCGCCUAACCUAGUAUCUUAUUACCUAUAUAUCAUCUUGGUAUCCAUAUUUCCGAACAGAAUUGAUGUCCAUAGCUAUCCUCAUUUAGUAGUGUAAAAAAGAUGUAUUGACGCGUAACUGUUUAUUGAUUUUCACUCAAGGGAAGAAUGUAGUCAUUUUAUCUUAAAUCGUGUUUCCUAUAAUUAUUACAGUUUUCUGUGCAAACUUCAUUCCCCUUACAUCUCGUCACUUUCUAGGUAUUAUGCUUGAUUAUGUUAAACUAAAUUGACUCAGCGACCAUGUGCACAUUUGUGCAGUAGGCAAUAAGUGGCACCUAUUAUUCUAGGGCUGAGAAUACUACCUGUUUGGAGAAACCUCGGUAGGUGGAGCGAUGUUCAAACUCGUGACCCCACUGGUUGAAAAUUAUCUCCCUAAACUAAAAAGCCGCAACUCAUCCUAAUUUCAUUAUUGACCCAUGAUAUAUUUGGACGAGAUCCAUCAGUAGUCAUCGGAUUUGCAUUUUAUGCUAUGAUAAUGUGAGAGGCUGGUUGCUUUGCUGUUACCUAACAGGAUAUGCACCAGUACCUUACCUACAGCCAAGUAGUGAUAAUAAAAGACACAUACACCUUAGAUGGUAGAAAGGCUCAAAACAGCAUUGUAUUUAUUAGUUUGCAACCGAAAAGUUAUCUUGGCGGAGAAUUUAUAAGCUGCCUGGCUAUAAACGUCUUAACUAUGAUCUCAAAGUAUGUAGUUGUUGAUCACUGAAAGGAACCACGAAAUGGCAGUUGUCUAGGUGCUCAUGUCUACACAUUAAAACAAAACUUGCCAAACUAAGGAGAUCCGAUUAUGCCUUGGCAGAUUAUUUAACUAUUAUUUAGAUGUUUUAAAUAUUUAUUUAUUUAAAACCUAUUGGCGUUUUGGUGCCAAGAAGGUGCACUGCAAACCCAUCACUAGAUAAGAGAGUAAUACUAUCAUUCUGACGUAUUUUUGAAGCGUAUAUUCUAUACCUUGUUUGCAUGUUAAGUGAUAAACCAUCUUGGUUUAUUAUCUCCAAGUUACUUGGCACAGAUUUUUUACGCUCUCAUUCUACAGAUAUAUCGUAUUAACCUCUUUCUGUCAGUUUCAGUGAAUCAUAUCAUUUUCUGCGUAACUGCGUAAGCAUUACUACUGCUCACAUACUUAAAAGUUCUGAUUAUACGACACCAUGCUUUGAGGUCAUUUUGACGAAGCAUUGCAACUGAUUCCCAUGUAUAUAGAGUCUCCACUACUUUUCGGAAUCUUAGACAUUGCUUUUGAAGUAUUCUUGCCAAGGUUAUUAUCUCACAUCAGCAUUGACUAUUCAUUUAUGACGUACAAUUCCUAUUUUACAACUAUUAUUAUUAUCAUACGGAAAUUUAUAAUCCAAUGACUUUACAAUCCCUCCAUAUUUCUUAGCUUUUGUUGUUGAGUUUUCAUUUUUGAUUUUUUAAAUUGGUAUAUUUCUAAUUUUCAUACUUUAUUUGAAUAUUCUUCUUCUUCUUCGGGAAAAACAACCACUCCUACAAACACUGGUAAUAGUGGAUUAGAUUUGACUUCACGUGUACUCGAGAAAAACCAAGACGACAAAUUCAUAUAUGACCUAGUAGCUGUAAGCAAUCAUAUGGGUUAUUUGGGUGGAGGUCAUUACACAGCAUUUGCUUUAAACGCUCAUGUCAACCGAUGGUACUUUUUCGAUGAUUCUUCAACUCGAGAAGUAGAUCCAUCUAAAAUUGUGACUAGCGCAGCCUAUGUAUUAGUUUAUGUACGCCGAAAAGCUGGUCAUUUGUUGCUGUACAAUGAGAACAACAGUAAUGAUGAGGAACAAGAGGAUUCUUCAUCGGGAACAGAUGAAAGUGGUCCUUCAAAUGGUGUUUUAUCUCCACAACGACUUACUGUGAAUAGAGGUUACACUCAUCGUAACGUUCUUAUGAAUAAUACAAGUUCAUCAUCAAAUCUACAAGACCAAGAUUUGAUGGAGAUUGAAUAAACGCCUUUAUCUACUCUAUAUAUUCUCACAGUUUCACUCUAUUCCAUCUAUACGUAACAGAAUCGGUUCAAUCUCUGAAUGGAGUCAUUUCGCCUCGAAGUUUAUUGAGACUGCCUAUGGUUACCAUGUUUAUUCAUUCAUUUGUUCCUUUGUGAUGAAUCAAGCUCUUUUGAAUUUUGUAGUAACGUAACAGCUUUCAGACAUGUGUUCUUAUGCGGAAAAUGAAGUUAUUUUACUCUCUUUGUUCUUAAAUUACCUUACAGUCAAUCUUUCAUGCUUCCUGUUAGUCCUUGUUUUGUUCACAAAAGGGACUAUUUUGUGACAUAUUUUGUCCCACUAGAUGUAUAUUCACUUCAUAAUCAAGACCAUAAAUGAGUUAAAUACU